GGUGGAGAGGGAGUGGAGUACCGGUGCGGCCAGUGAUCACCAGGCUGUAGGCAGGCAGGCAAGCAAGAAGCAAAAGAGUGGGAUGUGUGAAGCAGAGGAAGUGAAGAACGAGAAAAAAAAACCGAUAACGGCGAGAAAAUGAUGGACAGCCUGUGUGUGUGCCUGUGUUGCUUUUUCAUAUGUUGAGUUUGAGGAGGAGGGACGUCAAGAGAUCGAGUCGCUGGAAGGUGUGGAGGAUAUUUUACAGCUGAUCACACCAAUGAGCGCCGUUGCCUCGGGAAUCCGAGGCUCUGUCACCAUCACCGUCAAAUCACGCGCGUUUCGACAACGACGACUUCAUUGCGCAGUGCAAAAGUGAUCUUGAUUUCUCUCACCAGGUUGCUGCAGGUUCGACUCUCGAUCUCUCCAAAUUAUGGAAUAAACCCUAGUUAGAUUUGAGUGUCCCGUCUUUCUGUUGAGCCUCUGCUUUCCAGUCCUCUGCACAAUGUCAGUUGAAAUCCGGAAAUGUCUCUGAAAUUUGUUUAGUCGUCUUUGCAAAUUUCAACAGAAAACGCUGAAAAAUCUACAAAUUUCAUCGACAUUUUACCCCAGUGUGCUUGCAACUUAAGUAGAAGCACGUACAAUUAGGAUCUGCGCGAGAGCAAUAUAUCAAUGGCGAACAACAGUGGUAGGGUUUUAGCGCAUCAGCUCAGUAAUGGGCUUUAUGUCUCGGGUCGCCCUGAGCAAUACAAGGACAAGCAACCGACGAUGAGCUCGACUGCAGUCCCUUACACGGGAGGAGACAUCAAGAAAUCUGGCGAACUGGGAAAAAUGUUUGACAUACCGGUGGAAAACCCUAACAAGAUGAAGAAAUCGGGGUCGCUGCAGAAGAUGUCUAGUUCUUCUCACUCAGGUCCUCUUACAUCGGCUGGAGGUCCGAGGGUUUCGGGGCCCAUAAACCCCGGCGGACUUUCACGGCCAGCUACCAAUACUAACCAGGGAUCGAAAUCUGGUCCUCAGUCCGCCAAUCUCAGCCGUCAGGUGUCUCAGUCCGGGCCACGAAGUGGUGACAUGGCCGUUGGACCAAACCCUAAAUCUGCACCUUCCAGCGGUAAUGUGAAAACUUCAGGCCCUCAGUCGUCCACUCCUGCCAUAGUGAGGACAAAUUCCGGUAAUUUGCUUCCGGCUACGGGGCUCAUUACGUCUGGGCCUUUAUCAUCAUCCGGUGCGCUGAAAAAGGUGACUUCUGGCCCUCUGGAUCCCUCCGGAAUGCCAAUAAAGAUUGCGAGUAUGAAUCACAACCAGGCUGUAAGCAAUCUCAGCAAUGCUGAAGACUAUUCGUUCCGAAGAGGUUUUCCCAAGGUGUUGCUCUGGACUCUUAUCCCCUUGUUUAUAGUGGGGUUUAUUGCAGGAGGGUUCAUUGUGGCCACUGUUCGCAAUGCAAUACUUUUAAUUGUCGUCGCGGGGCUCUUCAGUUGUGUUUUUCUUUUGAUGACAUGGAACAUUUGUUGGGGAAAGAGGUCUGUCCUUGAUUUCAUGGCCUCCUAUGGUGAUGCUGAUUUAAGGACUGCACAAGAUGGACAGUAUGUGAAAGUCAGUGGGGUCGUCACUUGUGGAAGUGUACCUUUAGAGACAUCAUAUCAGAGGGUUAAUCGCUGUAUUUAUGCAUCCACAGGCCUUUAUGAGUAUAGAGGAUGGAAAUCAAAGCCUGCCAGGGUGGGGCAUCGCCUCUUUACAUGGGGUUUGAGGUACCUAGAGAGGCAUGUAGCAGAAUUCUACAUCUCAGAUUUUCAAUCUGGUUUGAGAGCUUUGGUUAAGGCUGGUUAUGGUGCACGGGUCACUCCCUGUGUUGAAGAAAGCUCUGUUGUUGACAUAGGUCCAAGGAAUAAAGAUCUACCCAAUGAUUUUGUUCGUUGGCUGGGUGAAAGAAAUCUUUCAAGUGAUGAUCGUGAAAUGCGACUGAAGGAGGGGUACAUCAAGGAAGGAAGUACAGUGACUGUCAUGGGUAUGGUUCAGCGCCAUGAGAAUGUUCUCAUGAUAGUUCCUCCUCGUGAGCGGGUAUCCACUGGUUGCAGAUGGGGAAAGUUCCUCUUGCCAGGAAAUGUUGAAGGCUUAGUUAUAGCAUGUAAUGAAACCUCAAAGUUUGAUGGAAUACCACUUUGAUAAGUGACUGCUGGAAAAUGUUGGAGAUUGAUACAAUAUGUUUUUGGUCUUUGUAAUUUUAAGUAGGCCUCCAUUAUUUUUUACUAUUGACCAAAGAAUUUUACCAGGAUUCUUUUUCCAUUUGUGAAGCUGGGUCUAGAUGUAUUCUUGCAUAAUUUCAGGGAUUGGAGAAGAUAUUCCAUGACAAUAGAGCACAAAACCAAGCUUUGGAACCUACUAAAAAUCUAUUGUCUGGAAGAACUAAAAAAUGUGAUCAUUAAAUUCUACAGGCAGUGCUGUUUCCCCAAAGGUAAAUGUGCUCACUACUUUGUUGAGCACGGCAUUUGAGUGAAAGUCUCCUCUCCACUAAAAAGGUUUUUAGUUCAUUCUAUUAAUUUGCAGUAUAGCGAUAAUGUAUUGAUUUAGUGGCUUGUUAGUCUCUAGACAUUAAAGUACUAUGUAUUUGUAAUGAUAAUUUUGGUGAAAUCGUAUGAUUUCCAAGUUUGUAAAGAUUCCAUCUUUCGAUGUUCAGGAUGCGUGCUAUUGUUACUAGGUGCGUGAACUUUAUGGCUUUAAUGCCUUUUGCGAUAACAUAUGGAAAUAGUACCCCACCAUUUGAAUUGUU